GGACCGCCACGCCUGUAGGCGGACCAGCACAGUCGUAGUCAGUAUCGUCAGACCAGACACUGGAUACAGACAACAACAGUGACAGAUCAAGAAGACCGCAUUUCUGUUUGCAAUCAGCUAUGGGUGUAGUCUGAGAAGUGGACACAGUAGCGCACCGCAAUAUACCUCGAAGUUUUAUCCUCAUGAAGGAGCUCCGUCCUGGCUGAGUUUGGGAGAUGGGAGUACUCAAUAUUGCAGACCAGCCUCCUCUGGUCCAGGCCAUCUUCAAUCGUAAUGCUGAAGAAGUUCAACUAUUAUUGCACAAAAACGAAGAUGUCAAUGCACUGGACCAAGAGCGCCGUACGCCGCUUCAUGCUGCUGCCUGUGUGGGUGAUGUCCAUAUAAUGGACCUCCUCAUCGAAUCAGGUGCCAGUGUAAAUGCUAAAGACCAUAUUUGGUUGACCCCAUUGCACAGGGCUGCUGCUUCCAGGAAUGAAAGGGCAGUGGGUCUGCUGCUGAGGCGUGGAGCUGAGGCAAAUGCACGAGACAAGUUCUGGCAGACGCCUCUGCAUGUGGCUGCUGCCAACCGUGCCACACGCUGUGCAGAAGCCCUGCUAACCCAGCUGAGCAACCUGAACAUGGCAGAUCGCACUGGCAGGACCGCCCUGCACCAUGCAGCUCAGAGUGGGUUCCAGGAGAUGGUGAAGCUGCUGCUGAACAAAGGGGCCAACCUGAGUGCCAUUGAUAAAAAGGAGAGGCAGCCCAUCCAUUGCGCUGCUUACUUGGGACAUGUGGACAUUGUCAAGUUGCUGGUGUCCCGCAGUGCAGACAAGAGCUGCAAGGAUAAGCAGGGCUACACGCCUCUUCAUGCUGCUGCUGCAAGUGGUCACAUUGAAAUUGUAAAGUACCUACUGAGGAUGGGGGCAGAGAUUGAUGAGCCCAAUGGCUUUGGAAACACUGCGCUCCAUGUGGCUUGCUACAUGGGGCAGGAGGCUGUGGCUACAGAGCUGGUGAACCAUGGAGCUAACGUUAACCAGCCCAACAAGUGUGGCUACACCCCUCUGCACCUGGCUGCCGUCUCCACCAACGGUGCCCUCUGUCUGGAGUUGCUGGUCAACAAUGGGGCAGAUGUCAACCAGCAGAGCAAAGAAGGGAAGAGCCCCCUGCACAUGGCAGCCAUUCACGGACGCUUCACACGCUCUCAGAUCCUCAUCCAAAAUGGUGGGGAAAUUGAUUGCGUGGAUAAGUAUGGCAAUACUCCUCUCCACGUUGCUGCUAAGUACGGCCAUGAACUGCUGAUCAGCACUCUUAUGACCAACGGAGCAGACACGGCCAGACGUGGGAUCCAUGGAAUGUUCCCCUUGCACUUAGCUGUGCUGUACGGGUUUUCAGACUGUUGUCGCAAGUUACUCUCCUCAGGUCAGCUGUACAGUAUAGUUUCAUCUAUGAGUAAAGAGCACGUUCUAUCGGCUGGGUUUGACAUAAACACCCCUGACAACUUUGGGAGGACCUGUCUUCACGCUGCUGCCUCUGGAGGAAAUGUUGAAUGUCUGAACUUGCUCUUAAGUAGUGGUACCGACUUGAAUAAGAGGGACAUAAUGGGAAGGACUCCGUUGCACUAUGCGGCUGCUAAUGGGAGGUACCAGUGCACUGUGACCCUGGUGAGCGCUGGCGCUGAGGUCAACGAGCCUGACCAGACAGGCUGUACUCCCCUGCACUACUCUGCCGCCUCCCAAGCCUUCAGCAGAGUUGAUCGUCAUUUUUCUGGGAACCAUCAGAAUGACGAGGAUGAGGCGAAGGAGUCGUACUUCUGCUUGGAGCAUCUUUUGGACAAUGGGGCUGAUCCGUCAAUGGUCAACUCAAAGGGUUACAGUGCUGUUCACUAUGCAGCUUACCAUGGCAACAAACAGAACCUGGAGCUGCUCCUGGAGAUGUCCUUCAAUGCACUAGGAGACAUAGAGAGCAGUAUUCCAGUCAGUCCACUACAUCUUGCUGCUGAUAAGGGCCACUGGCAGGCGCUGCGUGUUCUCACGGAGACCGCAGCCUAUGUGGACAUGCAGGAUGCUGCAGGUCGUUCCGUGCUCUACUUGGCUGCCCAGAAAGGCUACGUGCGCUGCGUGGAGGUGCUCCUGGCCCAGGGGGCCUCCUGUCUCCUCAACGACAACCGCCUCAUGUGGACCCCGAUACAUGUUGCAGCUGCCAAUGGUCACUCUGACUGCCUGCGCAUGAUGAUCGAUUACGGGGAGGAAGGGGAUCUUACCAACGUGGCAGAUAAAUUUGGCCAGACCCCUCUAAUGCUCGCUGUUCUGGGCGGUCACACCGACGGUGUCCACUACCUGCUGGAGAAGGGGGCCUUGCCAGAUGCCAAGGACAAGAGGGGCAGCACAGCUUUGCACAGAGGGACGGUGUUGGGCCAUGAUGACUGUGUGACAGCCCUGCUGGAGCACAAAGCUUCACCGUUAUGUCGGGACAUCCAGGGUAGGACACCGCUGCACUACGCUGCAUCCAGAGGCCACACCGAGAUCCUGGCCAGUCUGGUGCAGGCCGCCAUGGCAACAGACCCGCAAGAUAAAUUGCUGGACAACAAACAAUACACCCCAUUACACUGGGCUGCUUACAAAGGGCAUGAAGACUGUUUGGAGGUUUUACUUGAAUUCAAAACAUUUAUCCAUGAAGAGGGAAACCCUUUCACCCCCCUGCACUGUGCUCUGAUGAACGGCCACAGCGGUGCUGCAGAGAGGCUGCUGGAAUCUGCUGGGGUCCACAUGAUUAACACCAGAGAUGCCAAAGGAAGGACCCCACUGCAUGCUGCUGCAUUUGCUGAGGAUGUUGCGGGACUUCAGCUGGUGCUUCGCCACGGGGCAGAGAUCAAUGCAGUGGACAAAAGCGGACGCUCUGCUCUGAUGGUAGCUGCUGACAAGGGACACAGCGGCACAGUGGCCAUCCUCCUUCACCGGGCCAAGGCCGACCUGACACUGCUGGAUGAGAAUAGGAACACUGCCCUGCACUUGGCCUGUAGCAAGGCCCAUGAGAUGUGUGCCCUGCUGAUUCUGGGCGAGAUCCACAGUCCCACUCUCAUUAAUGCUACCAACAGUGCUCUGCAAAUGCCCCUCCAUCUUGCAGCACGUAAUGGUCUGGCUACGGUGGUGCAGGCACUGCUGAGUAGAGGAGCCACCGUGCUGGCUGUGGAUGAGGAAGGCCACACGCCAGCUUUGGCCUGCGCUCCCAACAAGGAUGUGGCUGACUGCCUGGCUCUGAUCCUCUCUACCAUGAAGCCUUUCCCCCAGCGGGACCCUUCCUCCUGCUCCUGCUCCUCUCCCACGGUCUCCCCCUCCCCGGGUCUCAACUUGCUGAAGCACUGCGGCAUCACCGCCGCCUGCGCCCCGCUGCCCAGCAACGGCCUCCACAACGGCUACGUCAAAGACCGUCACGGUGCACCGGUUGGCCUGGAUGGGUGUCUGUCUGAGUGAGGUCACAUGCCCCCCCCUCUCAGUCAGCUGCUGUCACCAUCACCACCACCAGGGGGCGACUCCCUUUAACAUGGCCCAGAGGACCAGGAGAGCACCCACCCACAUGUCUGUUUUCUGUGUAUGUAUGUGUUUGUGCGUCCGUGUGUGCGUGAGUGUUUGGUCUUCUCUUGAGGUGCAGUCAAACCUAAUAUGCAAUUAGAUCCCAUUCCUCCAUCUCCUAGUAGUGCUUAAUACGUAGAGGCGGAUUGCUCUACAAGGUCACUCCGAUGAAAUGUGGCAUUCAAAACAAACACUAGCAAUUUGGCCAUCUCGAAAAUCAUUUAACCCUUUAAAACCAUGUUGAUAUAAUUAUAUAACCAACAUCUAAGAGCAUGGAAAUGUCUGUAUCCUCUACUGUUCUCUUCAUAUCAUUCAGUAUCGGUCAUAUCAUGUUUAAUAAGUUGUGGUGACCUUGUAGAGGAACAUAUACAGCCUUCCCAAAAGAAUGAUCAAAGAGUUUCUUUCUCUUACUUUUUUUUUUAUUUUAUUUUGAUGAUUUUUUUCGUUUCUUUUUUUUUUUUCGUUUUUAAUUGUCCGUUAGCCUAGAUUUUUAUGAAGGAACCACACAAGGGAAAAUCUAAAUUUUUUGCUUAAGAGUGCAAUGCCUGUGUACUACAGUACAAUCUGAAAUUUGGAAAAGGGUCACAAACAUGUUAAUUCCAUAGCGUACUUUAAGUGUACGGCCUAGAAUUGUUUGGCAUUUUAAGAUAAUUUGGUAACGCUGCUGAAUGCAUUAGCAUGCCUCCUUCCAAAGGAGAGCCAUGUUUCGGGUCAGCAUUGUAACAUCGACUUGUUCUUAAUGCUGGCGUCAUUUUUUUUAAAGAUGCUAAAUAAGUGUUUGUUAAGCUAGAAUGUUUCUAAGCAUAUAAGUUAUGACCAAAGUUGAUCAACACUACUAUGGCUAUAAAUUAUUUAUUUGAGAUGAACUGUACUGUAUAGAGAAAGACAAUAGAUCUUGAUAUACCUCGUCAACUCGUUUAGCAGCUGCUUCAUCUUCACCCAGGGUCCGUAGGCCUAAUGUUCUCUUUUUGUAGGACUAGAGAACUACUGUAGGAUAGUGACUGACUGAGGCCUUGUAUUUCUAGAUGAAGGCUUUACUAGUAAUAUCUGCCAACAACACCUCAUCAAAGCGUCAUAUAUCUGAGCACAUAAAUGAACAAGCCAUUUCAAUUUGUUUCCCAUCUCUUUAACAGUGUUUUUUUUUUCUUUUUUUUCUUUUUUUUUGGUUUUUGGUUUUUGGAAAUGAUUUCAGAAUUCAAAUGGCCUGACUAUUGAACGAGAGCAACCGGUUUUUUAGGCACUAAUGGUGUUUUUUUGUUGUUUGUGUUUCUGUCGUUGAACCGGCCACCAGCGUUGUGGUUUUAACAAGCUCUCGUUAGAGGAGUGUUUCGGAGCUGGUGGACUAGUCUUAAGCAUCUAACAGCUUAUAUCUCAACCUUUUUUGGUGGUGAACUCUGAUCAGUUUGAACAGAUAAAGAGUAUUGUCUGCUAUUUUUAUUGGGCAGUUUUCAAGCAAUAUUUUUUCUUUUGGCCUUUUUUUUUUUUUUUUUUUUUUUUUUUUUUUUGGUUUCGCGUUAUUGAAUAGACAAUCACUGUCACAAGGGCUUUUGUUUCCCUGGAAUGUGUUUGAGUUCUCUUUAGUUUUCUUUUUUUUAUUAUUAUUACUAUUAUUAUUAUUAUUAUUUCAUGGAGAAAAAAAAAAUUACCUAAAGACUAAACGAAUGGCUCUGUGUGUGCCGGGCAUUUUACUGUCAGUGUCAACACAAAUGCACUGGAUUGCCUUUAUGGCAUCUCAUGAAAUGCCUUUUGACCCAUGCCUUCCGUAACACAUCAUUUCAGUUUGAUUGCUUAAUGGCAGAGUACGACGAGCCCUGAGACUUGUUAUGUUUCCCACCAUUUGAUAGCAACGGCAUUGAACCACGGUUGCUCCACAGUGUCUAGUGGGAGGAAAAAAAAAAAAAAAUGUUCCUGGCAUUAUCAAUGACCAGGGAGUGGAUAUCCCUAAUAGAAUCAAAUAGGGCUAAGAGGAAAACGAGAGGGAUCUUUGCUUAGGCCAAUACCUGUUGUUUAGAUUUCAGGAAUAGCAGAAAUCCAAAUAUGUGCUUUUCGGUGUUCAUUUUGUUGUCUCCUCAUCCCGUUUUCUGGUACUAAGCAUACUAAAGAUGAUUGUAUCGGACCACUAGAGCUGUUUGUGACUUUUAGAUGUUAUAUCUAUGCUAUAUUACGUUGUCGUGUUUUUUUUGUUUUGUUUUUUUCGGAACCAUCUGCGGGUGGCUUAAUUACACUGAGUCAGAUUGUUUUCAUUGGCGCGAUAGCUUCAUAUCCACUGGUAAUGAAGUGGCACAAUUGCACACAUUAGUUGACUGGAUGAGAGAUGAGGACCUAGACUAGGCUGUGUCGUUAAAUACCCCUGACAAAAAAAAAAGAAAAAAAAAAAGGCUUUUCGCAUUAUUGUGUUGAACUUAAUUUACCAAGAAAAAUCUCUUCCGGAGCAGUGAUUUCUAUUAGUUAGUGAUUUGUAGCUGGUUUUUCAUUCGACCUCCAACUGAAAUGAAAUGGAACUAAUUGGUUGAACCCCAGGCUUCGUUCUCUUGAUCAAUUUAUAAUUUUCACGAGAGCAACUGAUACAAUAUUAAGUCUGGGGAUAGGUACAUACUUUUUUGAAAUCUCAGGAUCUGUGCUGAAGCAGCAAGCAGAACUUAUUAAUCCAAUCAGAUCUCCGCAGGAUGAUUACGUCUUCAGUUUUAGUUGUUUUCGAUGGGAUGUUACUAAUUUAAUUCCUUUUUAACCCGAAUCCCACAGCACUUAAUUAGAUAGUCAAGCACGCACUUUAGUACAUUCAGGUUCUAAGUGUGCAAAAUAGAGCAGAUGUAAUGUAUGUACUUGUGUUUACAUGCAUGUGUGUUGCUGCUGAAUACAGGAAGGAAGGGUUGCAAAAGACGGGGAAAGGCUGCAACAAAAUUGUACUCUAACAAUGCAUUAUUUAAAAGGAGAAAAAAAAAAAAAAAAAAGUGUCUCUCAGCACUUGGGGACAGUGUCCACUGCCCGCUGACUUGCUCGUGUAAUCUGUGUCUGGGCUGGCGGCCCAGCGAAGUGACAAGGUUACAUUACCCAGCCUAUAGUUAAAAUUACAGACUCUGGCCGAAGUCACUUCAAGUCAGUCCAGUGAUCCAACAGACACCUCAGGCAGGCUCCUCAAAAUCCUCUUCAUACUCGCUGCCAUGUGUAGGUGCUGUCAGGCCAGUCUGUUCAGGCAGGGAUUCUUUUUCUCUUGUGAUGUCCGUGUAUGACCAGUAAAUGGAGCCAUUGCCCCUUUUGCAACUACACGAGUUGCAACUGAACCCUUUUGUUGUAUCACAGUAUUCUUAUACAUGCUUUUUUUUUUAUUAUUAUUUGUGUGUACCAGUGAUAGCUGAGUGAUUGUGCAUGGAGCUAGAUCACAAUUUUGAUAUAGCAACGAUUAUACAAAUGGAGCAUAUACAAUAUAUCGGAGUCGGAAAAGCAAUGAAAGGUCCAAUUGUAGCAAUAGCACGUGUGUGUGUAAGAUAAAAAAAAAAAAAAAAGUGUGCAGCACAAAUAUUGCACUGCCAUUAAUUUAGGCCAAUUCAGUAAAUCAUAGCAUAAAUGCCAAUGGAAGAUUCAAAUGCGGGUUAGAUGUCAUAAUCUUUGGUCACAAAUAUGGCCUGUUUGCCAAAACGUGUGGAGAGCGGCGGCGGCGGGGGCGGGGGGAGAGGAGGAGGAGGAGGAGGACCUCUUAGUAAAGCAGCAGUGGAUUUAUGCAUAUGUUCAAGCAGUUUACAGUCUGACCAUCAAAUCUGAGCCAUGAUUUCUCUGACUGAAAUGAAUGUAGGGUCAGUUUAGAGCAGGACAAAUUUGCUUUCUCCCGACUUUAAACUGUUGCUCUUCAUUUGUCUUGCGUAGAUAUGAUUAUACAGGUAGCAUGUAGUAAAAUAAUCCUCUACAUAAUAUACAGUAUGUGUAGUAGUCUUCCUGCAUCAAAGGUCUGGAUAUGUUUUUUUUUUUUUUUUUUUAAAUAUUUAGAUUCAUUUUUGUCGCAUUAGUGUUGGCAUAUAGGCCUGCUGUUGCUGAAACGUCACCUUUCUUUCUCUAUACAUGUAUAAUUGUGUAGAGCGUAGCCUACAAGGUAAACAGAGGACAAGAGUUCAGAUGAAUUUAACAUUCGCGUUCAUCCAUUCCAUUGAGAUUGCCUUACAGUACAGUAAAAAACGAGCGGGACAAUAAGGUCUGCGGUAGAUAUGAUCACACAUACUCGUAAAUAGCCUAUAUUUGACAAAAAUGCACCUAAGCUACACCCAUUUAGUGCCAUAGAAACCUUGAUUUGCCUUUAGACAUGAAUCAUAUUUACUCGGUCAGUAACAUAUUCAGACGUAGGCAGGAUUAUUAUAGUUUUGUGUUUUGGAGCAGCAUGUCUUUUAGCAAGUUAACCUAGUCAGAGAACACUCUAUGAGUAAUUGCAUGCGUUAUUAGUACUUAAACGAGUAUUCUGUUGUUGUUAGAAGUCAGUUUUAUAAUUGGACAUUUUUGAAAGUUAUAGUUAAUCCCUUUGGUAUUGGCAAAGCAAUCCCUAAGUUGUAUGUUCAACAAGGCGGUUUAUAGUGUGUGUGUGUUACCAGAAAAAAACAAAAAAAAACAGGUUUUUGAUGUCCAAAACAAAUAUUCAGUAUAGAAUUGAUUUGCCUCAAUGGAUGUCUUGGUUCUUACUUGAAGUAAACGGCAAAUAUCAAUUCAACUCUCUGAUCCACUGUUGAGCCUUUUGCCUUAAAAGCUGAAAAAGAAACUGAUACCUGGCAGUCAGUCGCAUCACCUGUAGAGUUGUGCUGCUUGGUUGGAUUGCUUAAACGAAUUGGCAAAUUUUUUCUGUUCUUAGAGACAUCUGCGGGUGUCAAGAAGCACACUAAUAAACUGAGGUAGCACAUAGCUCAAGGUUGCCGUGGUGCAGAGAUUGUUGGGACUGGUUGGGAUUUCGCCAUAUUUUCCACUGUGAAUGAAUGAAUUCAGAAUUCACUUGUAAACAAUCAACUCUGGCUUCCCUGUUAUCCAGAGCCAAAUGACACUGGGGAUUAGAGAAGUGGUGUACCUCAAAUAAGAAGGAAAAAAAAAAUAAAAAAUAUUCAGACAGAAAAAGAAACUCAUAUGAAAAAUGCUUGUACAGCUAUGCUAACAAAGAGUUAAAACCUUGUGAUCCAUCUCGUCGUGGGUAGUGUAAUUCUGCUUAAACCAGCCUACGCGGAAGUGUUUGAUUAGUGUCGGCAGAUGUCUCAUGUUUUCUACCUUACAAAGGGGGCAGCCAACUGCACCUUGUACUUUUUAUUGGACCUGCAGUUUUACCUCAUCAGUGAUCUUUUGUGUGACGAUGCUGACAUUGAUCCUCUGUGAUUACUUCUUGUUUUUCCUGAGGCCAGUCGUGUAGAUUUUUGCUCUUGUGGUGAGUGCGCGUUUGUGUGUGUGUUUGUUUGUGUGUGCGAGUGUGACUUUUCAACAUAUGCAUGUCAAACCUAAACAUGCACAAGCCCAUUUGUUUUAGAAGCGUAGUGACCCUGUUUCGCCACCUUCUUGUCAUUGCAGUCAUCAGAUGAGUGUUAUCUGGUGCACGUCAUUUAGGGUGAAGAGUACAGCCUAAUUUAAGGUGGGGAAUGAAGGUAGCUACAAAACUUUACCUCUGCAAGUCAAAACAAUACGAUUUCACUCUAUGACUAAUGCUAGUUUGACCGCCUUCCCUGCCUGAACACUUGGUUAUUAAUUUCCCCCCACCAAUAGGACCUGUGUAAUAUCGAGCACAGUGGUGGCAUGGUGCCUUUUAUUUGUUACUACCGAAAGGUAUGGUCUUCCAUUUGUAUUUCCCAGAAGCCUUAUAAUGGGAAAAAAAGAAAUUACACUGAACAUACACAACCACAGUAGAUAGGCCAUACUCACUCUGAGCAUUAUUAUUUCAAUCCUGUGUGAUCCGAGAUAAAACGACGACGACGAAAAAAAAAAAAAAAACCUAAAUAGCUCCUUCUGUAUCCACCUGGAUUUCUUUGAAUUUCCAGGUACUGAGUGCGCCUUUAGGGCGGCAGAAUAAAUUGCACAUUACGGAUGCGAUUUAGGGCACAUCAAACAUUGAAUGGAUGGGGAUCAGUAGUACGAAAGCACAAAUCCAAAGAAGGCACCUCGGGGCUCAGUUGGCUCUACCAACAGCAAGAAGCGAAGGAGCCUGUCGACCAAAUUUAGGCAAAAAGAUGUGAGGAGAAACAUCCAACUCUCGAGUGCAGAAAACAUGAGGCUUGAUUGUCAGUAACACAUAAACUGUAGAAAGACCAUUGUCUGGAGUUUCAGAGCUUCUUCUGAUUGUUCUUCUCAACUCGCGGGGGUCCAUCGGGGACGAGCAUCUUUACAGUGCAAAACCAAGUUGUGAAAUGACGCGCGGUACUUGCGUUCAACAUCAAAUUUAGAUAAACUGUUUGUUGUGACUGUGUUGCAAAUUGAUUGUGGAGAUAGUUUUGUGUUAUUUAGGGUAGACUGACCACAAGUAGGGUUGCAGUAGUAGCUGUGUGCAGUGUUAAUAACAGUGUGAUCAUAUAUUAUAGAAGUGACGUAACAUUUGUUGUCUUACUACGACAUUAAGGCAUGAAUCAUCUUCUGUCGAGCUGACCUCGUUAGAAAUAGACAAAAGAUAAAAGUGCAAUAACCUUUUGUUUAUCAUUGCUUCCUCAGUUGGGAAAAAAUAUAUAUUAUUUGAUAUGCCCUUUUUGUUAACACCAAAAGUCACUCAUCUGUAGCAAAUGAAGGAUUUCAAGCAGUCCUCUUGUUUGUGUUCAGAGAGGUGGCGUUUGAUAUUGGAGUGUGUGAUAUUCCAUUCUUAAAACUGUGAUCAAUAUCCUACUUUAAAAAGCUGCCUGCUCAGACAAAGGACCGUGCACAAGUUGACUGAUAGAUUUGAGUAGGUGCAUUUUUUUUUUUCUCUCUUUUCUUUUAUUGGUUGGACGUUGACGGUAUUGUAGUUUGGACUUCUGGUUUCUUGCCGGUAGACACGUUCAUUUGCAUGUGUAGAUGUGUAUAUGCAUCCUCUCUUCCUUGUUGAAUGAAAUGUUUUCUCAAAAAUAUUUAGACCUGCUGUCAGUGACGUAUGCGGAUAAAAGGAAAUAUGAAAUGCCUUAUAUUUGUUUUCAUUGUUAAGCAUUAAGGGUUCUUACAUGUCCCUCCCUUUUCAGCGUGUAGCCUAAAGCUUGUACAGAUAAGAAACUCAUGAGAUUUAUAUCUACUGUAUAGCCUGUGUGUUUUCAGAAUUUGUUACUUGGAGGUCCUGUGAUUGUGGUUUUAGAAAAACAUUCCCCUUGAAAGUGCCGUUUGUUUUCACCAGCAGAAGAUGCGUCUUGGGGGGGGAGGGCGGGGGGAAAUGUAUUUACACGAAGGAAAGCGUAACGUUCAGAACACUUCCCAGUGUUUACUGCUGAACUGAAUGACACAAAGUAUUCGUGCAGGUGAAAUAAGGCAGCAGUCUUCUGAUGGAGCACCUUAUCGACUUGCUCUUUUCUGUGAGCCCUCAAUGGAAGUAGUUUCUCACCAAGCGUGAUUACUCUAAAGCAGAGCCAUAUCAGAGAAUUUGCCCAUUAGGAGCCCCCUUGAAUGUGCUAUUAGGAAUAGCCUACUGUAGGAAAGGAUGUAUACUGCAUGUUCUGUGACUUUUUUAAAUAGUGGGUAGUCCCUUUCAUGUUCUUAUGUUUAGUCCGCUUCACUGUAGAUGUCGCCACCUCAUUGCAACUCACAAGCUAUUAACAAUCCUCUCACAACUGGACUUAAAGCAGGCAUUGAUCUGCUGCUGAGCUUAGCAGCCUUAACUCUUUGCCAAUUUAAAGAAGAAGAAGAAGAAGAAAAAAAAGAAGAGAUGAUGGAUAACGGGAUUGCCUGUUUUUUAUUUUGAGUGGCUUAUCUGGGGAAAUACAAAGGAGCCCUUAUCAUGAGUGGAAAGGACUCAGAAUCAGGGCAUGUGAUGAGUUACAAUCAAAAAAAAGUUUCACAGUGCACCUUCACAAAAAGAAAAAAAAAAAAGUUGGCUCGUCCACCCGACAUUCCAAAGCUGAUUUAAUUUUCCAUAGUCCUGUCCCUCUGAUUGAGGAAAACGUGUUUUUAUUGUUGUUUUAUUUUUUUAUUUUUUAUUUUUUUUUUUUUUGCUUGGCUGGUGAGUGAAGUGGGCAUGUGUUUCAAUGACAGGGUUUCCCUAUUUAGCCUAACGCUGAUUACCUCAUUUACAAAUCUGCAAAUAUACUAUUCUACUGUGUGUAAAGGAGUCAAUGCCAUCACCAGCAGCGUGGUCUCGAGACCUGUGAUGACAACAGGACCAAUGAAGUUUCUCUGUUGAAAUUAGCCAAUUUUGAAAUUCUGGAAAUAUAGGGUUAAGACACGGUUCAAAUUCUUCUUCUUAUUAUUAUUUUUUAGCAAGGUCAGGAUGGCCUCUAAGAUUUCUUCAGUUAGUAAAUCACAGCAGCUGCUACCCCAGUCAGCAUCAGGAACUAUCAGGAAAGCUGCAGUUUCAAAACAGUACUUAACAUUAUUUUACAAAACAAAACUGAAAACGUAAUGUUACACUUGUUACAAACCGCUCCUCAAACAGUGACUGGAAUAGCAACUGCUGGCGCUGCCACGGUUCAAGGAGCCUGGCGUAUUACACGAUUAUUUAAGUGAACGAUCAUGUUAGCAUCACUUGCUGUUUUUUCAGUAGCAUUUCUCCUACCUCCUUGUUUUGCAGCCUUGAGUAUUGUUUGUCUCUCCACCUGUUCUGACUUAAGAAAAAAAAAAUAGAAAAGAAAAACUCUAUUCACAGUGCGGGAUUACAGAUUUAUCCUUAGCAAUGGUAGUUAUACAUAAAGUGUGCUUGGUUGUGCUGUAUGUGUAUAUGUCUAUUUGACGUUGGAAAAAAAAAAAUAUUUAUGAGAAGCAUUUAUACGACAAAAUACCACUGGAAUGUGAAGCCAGACAAUGUUAUGAUGCAGAUUAUGAUGAUAGUCUAUCCCCUUUAACAUUCAGUGGCGAAUGGUCAGAGGAAUCUUCUUUUAGAUAAUAAAUAACCAUGCAUUGGCUUUAUUUUUUAACACCAUUUAUUUCCUCUUAUGCAUAUACUUCCCUGUCUAGCCCUAUGGUAUAUAUACGAUAUUUCAACGUUUACAGCUUCGUUCUGGGUCAGCCAUUGAUCACCGUGCCGUUUCAACAAUAUCACAGGUUGUCACAUGGAAGGUAGUAGGGUGGAUUUGUAAUUCAGUACGAGGGUGACUUCGAGCCCCUCGAGCCGUAUGCCUUUGAAUCCAUCUGUCCACUCUGAACCAAAUUCUGCUACAUCAGGCGUCUCGUCUCUCUCUCUCUCCACACUGCCCCGACAUUUUACAUUCAGUUAGACGACAAGGGGUACAGGACAAGGUGAAAGGUUUGAGGUUUUCUGACCAGGGCCCCACAACCACCCGCUCACGCCCCUCACCCACCCACCCACCCAUGCCCACUCCCGAGUCAGGACCAGCUCCCACUCCCCACCCGCCACCCAGUGUCUCACCUAAACCUCAAGCCAUUCAUUUUUCUGUUUUGAUUUUUUCGACAAUGCAAUCCUGAAAGCACUUUGCCUUGUUAUUCCUUUGUGUGAACAUGUGAAUGAUAAUUUGUUACAGAAAUGUUAAAUAUGUAAAAGAUCAUUCACUGUUUUGGAAAAACCUGCAUCUGUCUUUCUGACGUUAAAAGAAAAAAAAAACAAUUUAGUGACAUUAAACCUGAAUCUAUUUUAUAAAAUGUUUGCUGCAGCCAAUUGGUCUUGUCAUUCAGUAUUGUGGCUUAGGGUUGUUUGUGUUCAAUAAAGUGCUAUUGCUAAAUA